AUGUCGUUCGAGGUUAACAGAAACACCAGUGGAGCCUCGAAUACUUUGACCAAAGUACACGUGCGCGUUCCAGCCACUACUGCUAAUCUCGGCCCGGCUUAUGAUACCUUGGGCAUGGCGAUUUCCUUAUUCAUGGAUUUGUUUGUCGAGGUGGCCGACAUGUUCUCAUUCACAAUGGAAGGAGAAGGCGAGAAACAUAUUAGUAAAGGCCCUGAAAAUAUGCUUGUUAAGGCUUGUGAAUUAGCCUUCACAGAGUACGGCAAGCGCCCGAUGCCACCCCUCAAGUUUCAUGUGGUGAAUCGUAUUCCGUACUGCUGUGGAUGUGGAUCUUCUUCAGCGGCUGCGGUUGCCGGCUUUGUAUCUGGCUUGCAUCUUUGUGGUCUUUCGAUGGCCACGUACAAUCAAGAGGAGUUGCUAUCUGUGAUCACGCGUAUUGAAGGGCAUCCUGACAACGCUGCCCCUGCCAUUUACGGAGGCCUUCGUCUUAGCUUCACCGAUUUGAAUAAGGAAGUCGGUUCUCAUAGCGUGUCGGUUCCUGCUAACCUUGCGCUCGUUCUCUUUGUUCCCAAUAAGCUAAUGAAGGCGGACACACACACGGCUCGCGGAUUGAUUCCCACACAUGUGUCUCUGGAAGAUGCGGUCCACAACGUUUCCCGAGCUUCCUUACUAAUCCUAGCUCUUACAUCAGGACGGUUGCACAUCCUGAAGGAUUGCUCGGACCGCUUACAUGAACAACACCGAGCCGAUAAGCUCUACCCCCACUACUACCCAUGCUUGGAGGCCUCGCGAGCCACGGGGGCAGAGUACACCUUCCUUUCCGGAGCUGGGCCCACUGUUUGCGCGAUGGUGAGCGGCAGACGGGGGGACAUCCUCUUACAGCCACCGGAGGAACGGCUGGCGGAAAAGGUGGCAGAGGCCAUGUUGAAGGCAGCUGCCACUACCGGGGUCCAAGGCCGUGCCAUUAUCACACGCGUCUCCGAUAUUGGUGCUCAUUGUGUGGGUUUUAGGGAGUUCAAAGAAAACAUAUUAUUCAUAAACAACUGA